AAUUAUCAUUUCAGCAAAUCAAAACACUUUCCUUUCCGCAUCAGGCGGCAUUUCUAAAAAGCGAGGUGACUUCAUCAUGCAAGUCCUGGUGUGGGUGAACGACAAGAACGAGCAGUUGUCCGUGGACGAGGAAGCUGUGACGGCGUUCGAAUCGUUAGCACCGUCAACUAAGCUCCGAGUGGUGGGCGUGCUCAACGGCGACGCAGCUGCGGACGCUUCGUUCGAGGCGACCAAGGACCAUCAAGCGAUGUUGCACACAAUGUCGCAAGCGUUGCCCACACAGCCGACGCCAGCUGCUUCUGGCAAGCGACCACUACUAUGGAUGCACGUGGAAGCGUCGUCGAAUGUCGUGGUUCUGCACGGCAACAAUGAGCACGCCGGACGCUUGCUCCUCGUGCUGCUUUCGUCCGUGCUGCUGUAUAGCCAAGACAGCGAGCUCAACUUUGACAAGCUCCAAUGGAUCUCAUCCCUUCCAUCGCUACUAAAAAUCCGCGGCAACCAGGACGAAGCAGGCGUGGCGAAAGACCUCGGCAGCCACCUCCCGCGCUUCGUGUGGGUGUCGCGCAACUCCAAGGUCAAGUGGCUCAAGGACGCGGCCACGGGUGCGAGUGUGUCCCCCGUCGACUACUUCAACAGCCUCCUCGCGCUGGACACUGGCUUCUCGGAAGCGUCCAUGCAUGCGAAUGCGUUCAAGACGUACUUCAGCUCAUUCUUUCCCCACCGCGACGUCGUCAUGCUGUCUCGGGCUCUCGACCUCAAUGCUGGCAUUGAGCUAGCGUGGGACACCCCCGUGGACUCGCUGCGACCGGCCUAUGUGUCGGCGGUGGAGAAGCUCCACAGUCGGUUCGUGGCGCCGGACGCCGGGCAGGACACGCUGCCCGUCAAACUCGUCCACGGCACGGCACUCACUGCAUCUCAAUUUCCCAUCCUGCUCGACUCGUAUGUGGAUGCAGUCAACGCUCAUCAGGUGCCCAUUGUGGCUAACGCCGCCACCAAGCUGAUUCAAGUCACGAUCGAGCAAGGCGUGGCCCGGGCAUCGGCGGCGUACGCCGAGACAUUUGCCGCACUGACUUCGUCUGAGCCGGGCUGUUCGUCCCGCGCGCUGCUCCUGGCGCACCUCAAGGCCCUAUCGCAUGCGUCGCUCGAGGUAUUUGCCGUCACGCAGCAAGUGCCGCCCGCCCACGCGACGCUCCUCGCCGACCAAGUCGCCAACAUGCACACUCUGUGUGAAGCCACGUACGCCAGCCAAGUCGAGUCCACGACCGCCCUGUCCAAGGCCACCUGCGACACCGUUCUGCAAUCGCUGCGCCCUGUGGCGUUUUCAAACGCGACGGCCGAGUUGGAGCACCGGUCACGCGAAGACUUUUCCGAUGGAUUGCAUUCGAUUCUUCUGGGGAUCAAAAACAGUCUCCAGGCAUCUCUCGGCGAGUACAAGCAGCGCGCCACGCCCACGGCCAUCGACAGCGACGCCGGCCUCGGCCCUGCUAUGUACCCGUCGUUGGUCGGGUACCUCCGCGACGAGAUCCUGCAGUCCGUGCUUGAGUGGGGCAAGCAAGUGCUCCGAUUGUUUGAGAAGCACAUGCGCGCCGCCGAGGCUGAAAAGGAAGAGCUAGACAACGCGUAUGAGAUUGCAGUCGCGAGUGACGUGUCGUCCAGUGGGUUGGAUGCUGCGGACCACCGCAAACUGUACGAGGCCGAGCUCGCGGCGCGCACGGACCAGUUGGCCACGAUGAAGUCGACGCUGUCGGCCGAGUUGGAAGACAAGCGAACAGAGCUGGAGAGGCUACUCCUAGACCUGCGCAGCAUGCAGAGCAAGCAGGACGCGCGGGUGGCGUCCGUGGAAGCCGAGAUUCAGCGCAUCAAGACCAAGGCGGGGGAUGUGGAGGCGCAGGCCCAGGCCGAGCGGCUGCGGCGGGAGCAGCUGGUGCAAGGCGCGGCAUCGGAGAUUUCCAACAUGGAGUCGACGUUCCACGCCGAGCAAAAGAGUCUGUACAACGAACAGCGCGAGCUUCUGACCAAGGUGGUCGAGCUCGAGCGCGCGGUCGUGGCCAAGAAGACGGCGCACCUCCAGACGCUGUUUGAGAUGGAAACCAACUGCACCAAGGCCGUCGAGGACGUUCGUUCAAAGCACAAAAAAGAGCUCACUGAGCUCAAAACGCAAGCAAAGCACGACAUUUCGAUGCUCAAGCGCGCGUACGAGAGCAAGAAGGGCGUGGUCCAACGCGAACUGGACAACGUCAACGCCCUUGUGAAGCAGUGCGAAGAGCAGCUGCGCUCGCUCGAGCCCAUGCUCGAUCUGCCUCGAGGUAGCACGUCGUCGAUCUCUGUGUCGACCCCCGUCAACGCUGGACACUCGUCCUCACUCUCGGCGCCGUCUCCCACUCGUCGCGGAAAGCAUGACGAAAUGUGCAAACAAUCAUAGACGCUUGAAUGCCAAACUGACCCCACAAGUUCGUCGUAUCGAUACAUGAACACGCAGAUGAGUACUACCUAACUAUCAUGGGAAGUGUUUCAUCUUGAACGCAGUACAGUGCGCUAUUCUUUCAACCUGGAACAGCAAAUAGCUAUGGUAAACAGGAACAACGCUGUCACAGCUGUAGGUAGUGACGGUGCACGUUAAAGUGGAUUCCGUUUCGAUCCAAAGAAUGCGAUGGGUUUCUUGGUGGAUUUGCAAAGAGUUGUCAAUGGACUUGAAGUCCAUGCUGUUGCGCCAGGGGUUGUAGUGGGUGCAGUUGUUGUGGGGCUAAAGUAGGAUAUGUUUGGGGGGUUUGAGAGGGGGUAGAUGAAGUGGAACGGUGCAGGUGCCGGGAUUGGGCGUUCUGACUCAUGAAAAGGCGGGGGUAGGUGCAUGUGUGGCGGGUUGGGAGUUGGGAAAAGACUUUGAGUCGUGGUGUAGGUAGGCGCACGCGUUGUGGUAGGCGCGGGGGUGGGUGUGGUUGUUGUGGUUGGCAUCAUUACGUCGUCAGAGGGGGAAGUAACGUCUUGUGGAGUAG